CGUACAUCAAAAAUAUUUUUUUAGUUAAAGACCUAGAAAACAGACACGCAAAUAAAUAUACCCGUUGAUAAAAAAACCUCCAUGAAAACUUCCGAGGAAACAGUCCGAAUCAAAAUUUUAUUAUCAGAUUUAAUAAAUCACUCACAAAAAAUUGAUGCAAAAUUCAGUAAAGUGUCUGCUUUAUCAACUACUGCGAUUAGUUCACCUCACACAACGGGUGAGCAAGAUGUGCGGUACAAUUCUAUAUUCCCAGCCGAGCCAGAACGAAUGUUUAACCAACAGGCGAAUGAAGAUGAAAGAGCAACAAUCAUCAAAGCAGCAGGAGCGCAAUGAAAAAAAGAAGAAAAAAUUGGCCGCGCUGGCAAAUCUAAUACAGAUGAACGACAGGGAUCGCAUUCAUGAGUCUGAGCAGAAGCACCGUGACACCGAGAACGAUGAGGAGGAGGAUGAUGGUUUUGUCACAGUGCGCAGCAAGCGAAAGACACGGAAUCGUCUAACAAUUGUGGCAGACAGCAACAGUGACACAAUCGCCUCUAAUCCUGCCGAUGGUGGCGAGGUGGAAUCCGGAGAGCCCGAAAUAAAACGCAGCCGCAACAAUUCAGCUGGCGGAGACAAUACACUUGACAGUUUGCCGGCUACCCUAACCCAGGAACAAUACAGGUCUCUGUCCACGGAUCUGCGACGCCGUAAGCGGGAACUGGAAAGCGUGCCUGGUGUCCAUUUACGUGAUAUGGGCAGACGUGCGCUUCUGGAAAUACCGCAGCAGGAGCGUACGCCUAUCUUUUUGACAGAUAUACAGCAUCUGCUGAUGUCGGCGCUCAUUGGUAAGAAGAGUCCUUGCGCGCCCGACCGCUGGUGCUGUGCUGAUAAGUUUCAAAGCCUGUCGCAUAGCGUGGUGCUUAUACUAGAUGGCUUGUCGCUCUAUCACUAUAUAUCGAAUGAGAGCCAAUUUGAAGCUACCAAUAAAAUAUUCGAUACCAAGCUGGAGGUGGUGCUUCCGCCGCAUGAUGAAGGCAGGAUCAUUGAUGCAAUUGCUCAGAUUCCACUUACCAAUGUGCAGGCUCAGAAGUUAAUCAACGAACAUGGCUCUCUGGAAUCUGCCGUGGAGCUGAACAAGGAUCCUACACUUUUUGUAAAGGCUAUUUUUCCCAUUGAGAAGCAGUCGCCUUCCGCGCUAACAGAGCCGACAAUUUUGCACCCAGAUGACAAGUUUCCGCGCACCAAGCUGCUGCUCUCGGCAUUGCAAUUGGUCGACGAGGGCUAUCCCAUACCGCUACAAGGCGAGCUGCACGCCCGAUUCAAGUCCUUCAUGUUCACAAAGAAAUCAUAUGCGCCUGUAACGGAUUGCAGUCCUAUGUAUGGUGUCGAUUGUGAGAUGUGUCGCACCAUAUCUGGGGCGAACGAAUUGACGCGUAUUUCCAUAGUGGACGAAAAAUAUCAGACCGUGUACGAGACGUUGGUUCGUCCCGUCAACAAAAUCACCGACUACCUCACACAGUACUCGGGCAUAACGGCUGAUAUUAUGGAAUCUGUGACGAAAACGCUAGCAGAUGUGCAACGUGAAGUCUCGGAGCUUCUACCGGCGGACGCGAUACUAGUUGGUCAAUCGCUCAACUCAGAUCUGAAUGCCAUGCGUAUGAUGCAUCCGUACGUGAUAGACACCAGUGUUUGUUUCAAUAUUAGCGGCGUGCGCAAACGCAAAAGUAAACUAAAGCACCUAGCCAAGAGGUUCCUGCAGGAGAGCAUACAGGAGAAUGAGGAUGGCCAUGACUCCAUUGAGGACUCGCGCGCCACACUCAAGCUGGUCAAGAUGAAGCUGGCAAACAGCAUUGAGUUUGGUGACGAGAUUCUCACGCAGCGGAAGCGCAUUCACGACGUGAUACGUGCCACCAGCGGCGAUGGCCUUAGAAAUAAUUUGUUUGCUCAUGCGGCCAAGCGGGACAAGCGCACGGCCAUUGUGACUGUUGGUGAUUUGCAGCCGCGCCUCAAGGAGGUUAUUAGAAAGGCGGAACAGGCUGCUUCAAAGGACAGUUGCAAAUCGGUUUAUGUGCACGAGGUCUCCACAACCAAGGAGGCGGUGCGUAAAGUUAACGAAAUAGCGCUGGAGAAUGCGCUGACCAUUGCCAAUCUUUUUGUGCCCGAGCAGGAUUUUGUUCUAGAGAGCGCUGAGCGCACAGCUGCUAAAUUGGAUCAUUUUAUUGAACGAGUAUGGAACACGAUGGCACACAAUGGCCUCUUUAUGGUGCUGAUGGGCGGCUCUGCCGAGUGUCAGAAAGGCGUGGCCAAGAUUGCCAUUAAGCGACGAAACGGUAGCAUCCCAAAAAGUGCCCUCAUAACCACUGGUGUAUCGGCGGACCCAUGAACAUUAUAAUCACACACACACACACACAAUUCACCCACACAUGUAGAUUGUGCACGGUAUGUACAUAUAUGCACACACACACACACAGGUACAUAAAAAUAGAAUUAGGAACUCAAGAAAGUAGCAUAAACCCCUAUGAAAGAAUCAAAUAGUCCAAUAAUUGAUAAAUUCGCGUCCAGUUUUCGCAAUAACUUUUGGUACUUGUAGCGGCACAUCAGAGUGAGCAUUGUGCAAAGGAAAAUUUGCCGUAAUUUUCCAUCUGAUGUAAUGCAAAAAAACUUUUAGCCUUUAAAUAUUUUCAAUAGCUAGAAAAAAGUAUCAAAGUACGACUAAAUUUUCAAAAAAAAAAAAAAA